UGGUGAUGGGUGCCGGACCUCACCUACCACAUCCUGUGCAUCUGCCUGGCCUGCUGGGUGCCGUCUCCACCCAGCCGAUCCACAUUCACCCAGUCAGCUCAGCUAUGCCUUCUCCACUCACCGCCCUGCUCUGCCUCGGUCUGUGUCUGAGCCAGAGGGUCAGCGCCCAGAAGCAGAGCCUCUCCAAGCCUGUCAUCUGGGCCAAACCCAAUUUCAUGAUCCCAAACGGAAUGCCGGUAAUGAUCUGGUGCCAGGGAACCGGCACGGCCGUCGAGUACCAACUGUAUUUUGAGAAACAACUUUCUGACUGGAAGAAACCGGACCCACCUGGGCAGAUGAGCAAAGUAAACUUCUUCAUCCAGACCAUGAGCUUACAGACUGCAGGGCAGUACCGGUGCCUCUACCGAAUUGGGGAGCACUGGUCAGAGCCAAGUGACCCCCUGGAACUGGUGGUAACAGGGAUGUAUGACACACCUACCCUCAGGAUUCACCCUGGGCCUGAGGUGAUCCCAGGGGAAAACGUGACUUUCUACUGCGAUCUGGAGACAGCCACAAAGACGUUCUUUCUGCUCAAGGAGGGACCAUCCAACCACCCACAGCACAGAUCUGGGAAAACGCCGGCCGAGUUCCUCAUGGGCCCUGUGACGACAGCGCACAGAGGGACAUACAUUUGUUUCGGUUCUUAUAGCAACUGUGUAUGGUCUUUCCCCAGUGAGCCUGUGACGCUCCUGGUCACAGGAGCUGCCGGGGUCGCCAACCCUGCACCCACAGAACAGCCCUCUUCUUCUGAUACCCUUGCCCUCGCGACACCUGUAUUCUGGCAGGAGAAGACAGACCAUGAAUCAAGGUCAAGAUACAUAGAUCAAUUAGACUCUUGGAAGCCCCACAUGUUGACCACCAAGAGGGGUUUCCAUAAAGAUCUCGCCUUGUGGGAUCACACCUCCGAGAACCUCUUUCGGAUGGGUCUGGCUUUCCUGGUCCUGGUGGCCCUCGUGUGCCUCCUGGCCGAAGACAGACUUUCUAGGAAGAAGACGGAAGAGCAAGUGAACCGGGCUUCCGGUCAAGAACGCAGGAUGGCGUUCAGAACCCUGAAUGGGUGACCAAGAGAUCUGGUGGCCGUAGGUUGAUGCUACAAUAUCCUGGUCUCGUGGGCAUUAGAAAAGGUGAUGUGCAAAAAAUGAUACAGCAUCUCCGUUCCUGACCUCAGCCCAACCUCUCUGCCUUCUGCAUUUAUCCCAAGUUUUUGCAUAUUCCCAUCGACAACAGUAAGACCAGAUAACCAUUCUGCCUUCCCUGUCUUUUCUUCAUCCCAUUUCAUUCAAUACAUCUCUUCAGAGUUGGUAGGGGGAGAGGACCCAAUUCUAUCUCCAUUGCACCCUGAGUUUCUAGAGCAAGAUACCUGUCUUCUAUUUCCACCUUCCAUUUGCCAAAGGAGGGGGGGCGGUAGCUCCUUCUUGGCCAUGUUAAGAGGACCUGAUGUCCCCUUAGGGAUCUACCAACUUCCCACAGUUAUUACCUCACCACCACUACCACCACCACCGAGAACAAAGUUUCCCAACUCUGAGUUAGAAGUAAAAGCUACAGCCUCAGGACAUGGCGACAAUUCUGCAGGGAGGAUGUCCGUCUCUCCAGUCUUACUGGGCCAUGGCUGAGGCACCCAGUUUCCCUGAGCCAUUACCCACACCUGCAGCGUUUGCUUUGCCCCCUCGUGUCUCUUCAACCACUGGAAACUGGUUUCUCACCCACCCUUCCUCCGAAGCUGUUUUCGUGACAGCGCUAGUGCGUUUCCUAGAAUUUGCAAUGGACCUUCUGAACCUUUUAUCUUGGUGCCCCUGUC